CCUACUUCAUCGUCCAUUUUCCAUAACUUUAUGGAAUAAUUUGUUCAGAUUUUUUUGUUUAAUAAGAACGAAUCACCUAACUAAUUCAUUAUUUUGUGGGCUGAGAUUUAUUUGUUAAUAAAAUAUAUUUUAUAUUUAAACUUUUAGUUUGUCCCAUAAUACUUUCCUUUUUGAUUCCGGUUUUUGUUACCGUAUUUUUGUCCAUUAAAAAAACAUUUUUUACUAAACUUAGUAGAUUUUUUAAUCUAAGCUGGUAACCCUGGCACUGUGGCGGCCAUUUUUUCCGCGUUGACAGUCAUUCAAAGCGAGCUACGAACCGUCGACGCACCUGUUACCGAAAAACUCUGGAUGGCGCUUGUCAUACUCCCGUGCGACCUGCCGUGGUGGACCUCGGUGCAGCCCCACCUGAAGCGUCUGCUGCUGGCUUCGUCCCCGUCGAAGCUCGCUGCCAGCAUGCUGAAAAUUCACGACAUGUGCAACAUUGGCAUAGAUCCCGAAGACGAUAUCAAGGAUCCUGACCUAAUGAAAGGACUAGAACAGUUCCUAGCCGAAGAAAUGGGAGCAGAGGAAUGUCGACACUUCUUAGACAAUACCAUUAGAAUAAUGGUAAAUAGGGCAUUGCAUUUGAAACGUUGGCGACCGCCCAAGGGGUUAAUGUUUAGUUUGCAACAGCAGAGUGACGUGACUGAAUUAGAUUACAAUUUCGUAUCAUCUCUGGUUGCUCAUGCUUUCUUCUCGACCCUUCCCAAAAGAACGCUCAAGACGCAUCCAACUUUACAAGACUUUAACUUUACUCACUUUUUUAAGAAUUUACACAGAAAAUCGCAAAUAAAUAAGUUAAAAAGUUUACUCCAUUAUUUUGAAUGGUUAGAUAAGAAUAAUAAUGAAGGAUCUAUCAAGAUAAGCCGACAGGUAAUGACCUCGAAACAGUGGUUGACUAUCGAAGACUGGUUGGAGUGCACGCUUCCACUGUGUAAACUGCAGGUGCGGCACGAUGGGAGGCCCGAGCGCUGCGAAGCCGAGGACGCGCUUCGCAUAUGCUUCGCCUCCACCCGCGUAGGCGGGGACGCACUCAUCGACGGAGAUUCACAGGAAUCUCUGUCCAUGUUCAUGAUGCCCGAACUGUUACCCGUCAUGCUAUCAGUAGAGGCUUUGGAAGACAAUGAGGUGUUAAAAGUUGAAAAUGUCAGAAUGAUUAGCCGGAUCCCCGAUAAGAGAAACAAAUCCAACGUAGAAUUUUUAGAUGAACCUAAACCGGUCACAGUGUGUUUGAUGGAUGCCGAGGACUACAGCGCGUUGCCGUUUAGCCAAUGGGAGGAGGACAACGUGUUGCGGGAACUGAACAAGUGUCUGCUCGCCUUCCAGCAGUCUCCCAUGCAAACACGAGAGACUCAGAGGCAUGAGAGGAGGCUGUCGCCCAUAGGAGAAUCAUUCAGCCACACGCCGCCCGAGGUGGAGGCGAGCGUGGUGAUCAAGCAGGCGUCGUCGUGCAGCACGCUCAACAGCUACAACAGCCGCAGCCCCUCGCCACAGCCGUGCGACCGUCGCGACUGCGCCAACUUGCUCAACCUCAAUGAUCCCAGCGUUGAAAUUCUAAAGCGGAAGUGUUGGCGGUCGCCCGACGGCGCGACGCUGAACAACCGGCGCGGGCGGUUCAUCGUGCUGGGCUCGUCAGGCGAGUGCCUGCCUGUGACGCGCACGCCGCCCGGCCGCGACCAGGAGGACAGCCCCUACUCCAGCUGCAACUCCAGCGACGAGGAAUUCCACAGUGCCAAUGAUAGCUUCGACUACGGAAAAUAUGGUAGCGAAGACGAAGGAAGGGGUGAAAGUGCUCGUCCCAACUCAUUCCGGUAUUCCAAAGAGUUGUCGACCGAGGAGCGUCGGCAGAGCUUCGCGGGGCGACUUCGGGAGGCGCUGCAGCGGGAAGCGCAGCCCUCGUGCACCUCCAGCACCGGCGACUGGUCCAGCGACAGCUCCAGCUACGCCGUCGGCAUCAGCAUCUCCGGCGCCGAGCUCAACGACAAUGAUAUAAGAGUGAAACGUGGAGGAUCCGUGGGAUUCGUGUUGACGGAAAAGGACGCGAGCAAUGGAAACCAAUCCCCACGACACUGCGCAGUGGGGCGGAAGGAGACCGGCAACAGCUCUAAAUACAGUUUCAGUACAGAAUAUACGUCUGAACUGGAAGAAGUCUACGAACAAUUCAAUCAUUGGCUAAAUGAUCCUAUUAUUGAUAACGACGGUGGUGAACACAAACGAGAAAUGGACUCUCGUGAUUUAGCAGUCAUAAGGUUCGCCGGGUCGUUACUGAAGCGGACGUUGAGCGAAUCGCUAGCGGGAGGCGCGGGCGCCGGCGCGGCAGGCAAGGCGGAGGCGGCAGAGUUGUACCCGCGCGACGGCCGCGACCGCGCCGCGCCGCGCCGGCUCGCGCUAGCCGCGCGCUCGCUGUCUCUGGAACUGGCGCGCCAUCGCCACCGGCUCGCCGCCCAGUUGAGACGCAAAAUAAAAGAAUCUAUACCGGAGAAGAUAAUGCAAAGUGUGGAGACUAGGUGCUCCGAUGAUGAUACUGAAGCAGAAAAUAGCGAACUGGCGUCAGUUAGUAAUUCAACAGAGACAAACUCAACGAAACUGUCGAAGCAGAACGUUAGGAAGAAAAAAUUAAAUUGGAUGAUAAACAUGAUAGUCGAAACGAUCGAAGAAACCGUAGAAUGUGAGCCGGUGACGAUUAAGCUAAAAAAACCGAAGCUAAGCCAGCUGGCCCACAAGAUAGUGUCGGGCGGAUCGUGCCGGCCGGUGGCGACGGGCAACUGGGGCUGCGGGCGGCGGCUGCGCGGCCACCCGCAACUCAAGCUGCUGCUGCAGUGGCUGGCCGCCAGCGUGGCCGGUGUGCCCGCGCUCAUAUACUACACCUAUGGCAAUGAAAAACUUUUCAAGUGCGACACCCUGGUGCGUGUGCUGGUGGACCGCAAGUGGUCGGUGGGCCAGCUGGCGCGCGCGGUGCUGCGGUACGCGCGCGCGGCGCUGCGCGAACCGCGCGAGCCGCGCUCGCCGCCUGCCGACCACUCGCUCUUCGACGACCUCAUCGGCAUCGACCGCACGCCCGACGACCUCUAGCAGCAGUAUCUCGCGCUAUUCGGCGAGAGAUACAAGGAAUACCCCUAGUUGCAAUAACGCGCCCGUAACAAUUCAAACGUAGCGCGUUACAUUAUGCAGUCGACUUGAAAAGUAUCGUGAUGAACUGAGUAAUAGUUAAGACAUUUUGAAGCAUAAUUAUAUUAAUCAUCCGGAACCACACAAAAUUCGCCUUGUAUAUUUAAAAUGGUUUUGAUAAUCUCAUGCAUUAUAAUUACCUUAAGACUGAGUUUUUCACUUCUUUUUCUACACGUCACGUCUUAUAUUAUAUAUUCUCGGGACAUAGAUACUGGACAUACCGAGGGAUUCAUUUAUCGAUAGCGUGCUUGUGGUAAGCGAAGAAACAACUCGCGAGCUCGAUUAUUUAGACGUAGUAACGCGACUACAUUCCAACUUACGAGAAUAAUGUCAUUUAAUUUGAAACCUUUUGUCUAUGACAAUUAUGGUAGUAAUUUUCAGUGACAUUUUAUGUGAAUUUGAACGUUUUUACGUAACUACGUCGACUUAUUAAAUAGAGCAUCUCCAUUUUACUAAACCGAAUAAUAUAGAAAUGACUUCUGCCUUUGUAGCAGUAGUGGAUAGUGGUGGUGGUUUGUGAUAUGUACACAUAGCAUUUACUAUAUAACUCAACAAAGACACUAUAUUUUUCACCCUACAUAAAUAAUUGCUAGAUGUCAUUAGUAGUUCUGUGAAAGGACCUAUUUUUGGUCUCCGACUUGCGAAUUGUGCAACAUUUUCACAACAACGCAAGUAGUAAAGGAAUCUGAUAUGAACGUUGUGUAAGUAGGGCUCUAAAAAAAUCAAAAUAUUGAGCUGUGUCCUUCAGCCUAACCCCAGUUUGCGACGCACCACGGAACCUACGGGACAAGAGCGCGUGGCAUGUUUAUCAAUACCUUUACCUACACGACUUAUAGUAUAGGGUGAUUUUGUUAUGCCUGACCAUCCUUGAGACUUUCGAGAAUGCAUAUGGUUAGUCAUACUGAACACGUAAUACCGUGCGUCAACCCUGAUUUUACCAAAAAAAUCUGUUGUCUACCUCUUAGGCUUUGAGAAUGGUCAGAUAUGGAAAAAUACUAUUUGAAAACGUAAUUGAUACUCAUACUGUUCAUUUACAUAUGUUAGGUAAACGAUUGCAAAACUUAAAAUAUAAAAAACAAGAAACAUUUUUACAAUUUAGAGAACCAGUUUACCUAUAAGUAUUACUAUAGAUUUAUAAUUCAAUAAGUACCUAUACAAACGCAUAAAUUUAUAAUAUCAAUUAUUAUAGUACAAGUAAAGCAAUAUUAUUAAUGUAAGCAGCUUUCUAGUUGAAAAAUAUUUAAUUUGAAAAUAUUUGCAAACGAUACAAGUAUCCCCGUGUACUUAAGAGUAAACCGAGACAUAAGAAAGGUCCGAGCGUACAUAACAUUCUGCGAUGACAAUGACUCACUCGAGUGUAUUUCGUUCAAUAAUAUCUCAAUUACUAGCUACAUAAAUUCUGCUAAUGUAAUGAAUACGAGUGGUCAGUGCCUAAGUUGAUUACGAAUUACUAAAAAAAAAACGAUUUUCCGUUUUCCACACAGUGGUGUAAGUCAUUAAAAUAUCGGCCCCCAGAUCAUCACGAUUUCACUGUUUACUGACGAGUGUGUUCUUACACCUAGUUAGUGAAGCAAAUCGCGCGACUUCAUAAACGGUAUCGCCCCAUUGACAGCAAUUUGUUACGCAAGGACAGGGUUUUUGCUAGUUUCCGUUGAGCUGUAUAUUUUCAAACAUUUGAUGAAAUUUGAAUAUAAACGUAAAUCGCCGCAAUUUAUGCAAUUCUUAUUAUCUUAACAAUAAAUCUAUGUACAUAAAAAUGAUAUUUCACAAGUAAUAUAUUACCUAAACAUGUUAAGGCCACUUGCACCACCCGCUUAACUCAAGAUUAGUGGGCUGUCAACUGUCAAAUUCCAUAUAAAAUGGUGGGUCAACCUCGGGUUAACCCUCCAUUUUCGGUAGUGCAAGUGACCCUUAGGUAUACAUAUACUGUUGCUAUUCCGUGUGUAUAAUGUAUACGAAAACUAGAAUAAGUGUCCGGAAACUAGCACAAAACUCUAAAAAUCGUAAGAUCCUGUUUCUCGUAUUACCUACGUGACACACAUACCUAAUAUUAAUUUGGAUAAUUAAUUAUACAUACAAAUUAGAUAAAUAUAUAUCAAAUUUGUAUUUUUUUAUAAAUUACAUCACGACUACUAUUAGUAGGUAUUAUGCGGACGAUAUGUAUCUAACCGACAUUGUACAUUAGUCAUAAAGUGUAUUUAAUGAAAUGUAUGUGUCGUUUCCAAGUUCAAUGUCCCAUUUUGUCGCUUAUCAUAAGAACUAUUUGAAUGGUGAGCGACAAAGUAGGACUUUCAAAUCAUACUCGUAAAAAUACAGGUAGAUACUGGGUUUGAGAAUAACAUUUUUAAUCAAUAUUUAUAAUCAAUAGAAGCCAAGAGAUAUUCAUACUAACAAUAAAGCGUAAGGCAUUUUAAAUAUAAUAGCACGCCAUAAACAUAAGUUCACACACAAUUUUAAUCAGUGUUAAUCCUAUGGUCUUCCAUUGCUUGCAUCUCAAAUGUGUCCAAAAUUAACGUUAUUG